AAUGGUGAAGGGGAGGUUUCUUGGCGCGUGCUUGCUGCUGCUCGCGGCGGCGCUGGCCGACGGCGAGGGCGAGGAGGGGAAGCGGGGCGUCCCCCUGCUGGACGCCGGGAGGCUGGAGAAGUUCAUGGACGAGCUGCCGGACAUGCCGGUGCUGCGCGGGUACGGCGUGGCGGAGGGCGGGAACCUCGUCGCCGGCGAGCUCGCCGUCGGCAUGUACGACACCAUGUGGAAAUUCCACCGCGACCUACCGGCGACCCGAGUGUUCGCCUACGGCGCGAGCAGGGAGACGGCCACCGUGCCGGGGCCGACCAUCGUGGCCAUGAAGGGGGUGCCCACGCGCGUCACCUGGACCAACCACCUCCCGCCUCACCACAUCCUGCCGUGGGACCGAUCACUCGCGGCAGCGCGGGUCGGCAACGCCGCUGGCAUCCCCACCGUCGCCCACCUCCACGGCGGCGUGCAGCAAUCAACCUCCGACGGCCACUCCAUGGCCUGGUUCACGUCCGGCUUCGCCACCACGGGGCCUCACUUCUCCUCGCCGGCGUAUGAGUACCCAAACCAGCAGCUUCCCGGUAACCUAUGGUACCACGACCACGCCAUGGGCCUCACACGCGUCAACAUCCUCGCCGGCCUCCUCGGCGCGUACCGCGUCGCCGACCCGGCUGCCGAGGCGCCCCUCGGCCUCCCCUCCGGCGCGGAGUUCGACCGGAACCUCGUACUGUUCGACCGCGACUUCAGGAGCGAUGGCGCGCUCUUCAUGAACGCCACGGGCAACAACCCCGACGUGCACCCGCAGUGGCAGCCCGAGUACUUCGGCACCGCCGUCAUCGCCAACGGCAAGGCGUGGCCCUUCCUGCGUGUGCGGCGUCGCCGGUACCGCUUCCGCAUCCUCAACGCCAGCAACGCGCGCUUCUUCCGCCUCUCGCUCUCCGGCGGCCUCCGCUUCGUGCACGUCGGCUCCGACUCUGUGUACCUCGCCCGGCCGGUGCCCACGGAGGGGUUCCUGCUGGCGCCGUCGGAGAUCGCGGACGUCGUCGUCGAUUUUGCGGGCUCCAAGCACGACGCGGUGACCCUGCGGUCCGACGCGCCGGCACCGUACCCCGGUGACCCGGGUGAGAAGGCGGACACGGUGGCGGUGAUGAAGUUCGUGGUCGGGAGUAAACUGGAGCAUGACCCGUCGACCGUGCCGGCGACGUUGAUGCCGCGGUACCCAAAGCCGGACACGCGGGAGGCGGUGGUGACCAGGCACAUCGCCAUGUACGAGUACACCAAGAACGGCACGGACGAGCCGACGCACCUGUACCUGAACGGGGCGGCGUACACGGACCCGGUGACGGAGACGCCGCGGGAGGGCACGUCGGAGCUGUGGGAGGUGAUCAACCUCACCGACGACAACCACCCGCUGCACGUGCACCUAGCGGUCUUCGCCGUGCUGAAGCAGAGGUCGCUCCGGCGCGUUGACGAGUUCAGGGACUGCAUGAGGGGGGGCGCGAGUGGCGGGGCCGGCGGCCGGAACGACGCCCUCGCGUGCGGGAUGCGGAGGCACCUCGCCGGAGGGCGGAGGCACGUGGUGCCGCGGCAGGAGCGUGGUUGGAAGAACGUGUUCAAGGUCCGGCCCAGCACGGUGGCCACGCUGCUCGUGCGGUUCAAGCCGCUGGAGGAGUCAUCGGCGACGGCGUCCGGGAAGAGCGGGCGCUUCCCCUUCGACGUCACCGCUGGCCCCGGCUACGUCUACCAUUGCCAUAUUUUGGAUCAUGAAGACAACGAGAUGAUGAGGCCGAUGAAGAUUGUGCGUUAGCUAUAACCAAGGGUUUGAAAUAUAGUCUUAGGAUCCUACGCACAAGCUGGAUUGAGAAUAAUUGAGAUAAAAUAUAUUUUGGCCUUCCACUAGCAAAAGGCCCCGUAAGUUGCUAUGGGAUAACAAAAUUGUGGUCCUCAAAUCAAGUUUUAAAUAUUCACACUCCGCGUAUUUGAAUAUUUGUGCAUCAACCGGCGCGCAUGAGGAUGUAAGACACACAGUGGCGGAGAGGUGAUGAAUUGCUGCUAAAAUGAUGAAUUUUGAUGCA